UCGCUGUGUGUUGCGCUGCUGCCUCGGAGGGGCCUGAGAAUGGCGGCGGCAGCGGUGACGGCCGCGGGACGGCGCAGCGUGGCUCAGGCGAGGGCCGGCCGCAGCGGAGAUGAAACCCGGUCCCGGGGAGGGAAGCGCACUACAGCAGCCGCGGGAGCCGCUACCUUGGCGGGAGGCCUCGGCCUAUCAGCCUUUUCCCUUUUCUCCCACGAAGCUGAGAAAGAGAAGGAUUCAGCAGAAGGGCAGAGCGAGGUGAAGGAAGAAGACACCAUCAUUCUUUUGCUAAAGAAGGCCAAGCUGAGCAUCAUGAAAGGAGAGUUGGAAGAGGCAGAGAGGCUGCUUCACGAAGCUGCCAGGCUCUCACACCAGUCGGACAACAAGCAAGCAAUUAUUUAUACAUACGGCACGAUGGCGAAUUUGGCUUUCAUGAGGGGUCAGCUAGAUCACGCAGAAAAACUUUUCAAAGCAGCCAUGAGCUACUUACUGGCUGGGGACAUGAAGCAAGAUGACAAUGCCAUAAUAGAGAUGUCCCUCAAGCUGGCCAGCAUCUAUGCAGCACGGAAUGAGGACAAGUUGGCCCUGGCUGGCUACGAGUUCUGCAUUCUGACCCUGGAGGAGAAGGUGGCAAAACAGAAGGACAUCCCCGUGGACGUUUUGCCAGAGGAAGAAAAAUCCAACACGCGUCUCCUCCUGGGGAUGACCCUCGACUCGUACGCCCGCUACCUCCUGGCGCACAGUCAGGCAGCCACGGCCCAGAGGAUGUACGAGAAGGCGCUGCAGAUCUCCAUGGAGGUUCAAGGGGAGACACACCCCCAGACAGUGGUUCUGAUGAACGAUUUGGCGACGGCUCUGGACGCUCAGGGCCUCUACGAAGAUGCCUACGCGCGAGUAAGGAGGGCGUCAGAGCUGGCCCAGCAGACAGAGCACCCAGAGACCUACAUCGUGUUGAACAACUUCGCUGGGAUUCUCAUGCACAAAGAAGAGUAUUCAUCGGCGAAAGCUGUCUACAAAGAAGCCCUGCAGAAGGCAGAGGCAGCUGGAGAUGGCGCUUCCGUCAGACAGAUCCGGAAAGAGCUGGCCGAGCUUGCCAGGCGGAGGAGGAAGGGGCCAGUCUCUACGGCCGGUUCUUCGGGAGGAGAACAAGAGUGAUGGAGGUGGCGCAGGAGGGAAGAGGGUGACGCAAGCGUCGGCCGCAAAACCCUCAGAAGCACAGCGUCUCCCUUUGCGUGGCAAGGACAGGCGUGUUGCGGGAAGCGCAAGGCAACCCCAUGAAGCAUCUCCGAUAAAAAAAGGUCAAGAGGGGUCAGCGGGUGGGAGACCCCAGGAGGCUGGGGCAAAGUUGUGCCACCGAAAUACACGACGCGGGCAGGCGUCUCCGUAAGUCUCUGUGCUGGGAAAGGAGACGAAAAGCUAAGCUCUGCAUCCCAAAACUGAAUAAAGACGACUGCAGCUUAAGGGUGGAUCUUUAAAAAGAAAGAAAGACAACAUUUACU